AUGAAGAGCCCCCCCACGGAGAGCCCCCCCCACAGAGAGCCCCCCCCAUGGAGAGCCCACCCCACGGAGAGCCCCCCCACGGAGAGCCCCCCCACAGAGAGCCCCCCCCAUGGAGAGCCCCCCCUCACAGAGAGCCCCCCCACGGAGAGCCCCCCCAUGAAGAGCCCCCCCCACGGAGAGCCCCCCCCAUGGAGAGCCCCCCCACGGAGAGCCCCCUCACAGAGAGCCCCCCCCAUGAAGAGCCCCCCCACGGAGAGCCCCCCCAUGGAGAGCCCCCCCACGGAGAGCCCCCUCACAGAGAGCCCCCCCACAGAGAGCCCCCCCCAUGAAGAGCCCCCCCACGGAGAGCCCCCCCCACAGAGAGCCCCCCCCACGGAGAGCCCCCCCACAGAGAGCCCCCCCACAGAGAGCCCCCCCACGGAGAGCCCCCCACGGAGAGCCCCCCCACAGAGAGCCCCCUCACGGAGAGCCCCCCCCCAUGAAGAGCCCCCCCACGGAGAGCCCCCCCCACGGAAAGCCCCCCCCCCACGGAGAGCCCCCCCACGGAGAGCCCCCCCCAUGGAGAGCCCCCCCACGGAGAGCCCCCCCCACGGAGAGUCCCCCCACAGAGAGCCCCCCCACGGAGAGCCCCCCCACAGAGAGCCCCCUCACAGAGAGCCCCCCCCAUGA